AUGCUGUCUAUCCUGAGAAAAGCUCGCCUAAAGGAUAAAGAGAUGCGGAUAUUGAUGCUAGGUUUGGAUAAUGCUGGCAAAACCACCAUCGUGAAAAGGAUCAUGAACGAGGAUGUUACUACGGUGAGCCCGACUCUGGGCUUUAUAAUCAAAACAGUUGACUUUAUGGGAUACAAAUUAAACAUCUGGGAUGUGGGCGGCCAAAAGACACUCAGGUCCUAUUGGAAAAAUUACUUCGAAAAGACAGACACUCUUGUCUGGGUGGUUGAUGCGACCGAUCGACUUCGUGUGGACGACUGUCGCGAAGAGCUAGCUGGGCUUCUGCUAGAAGAGCGGCUUAUGGGAGCUAGUUUACUGGUCUUCCUAAACAAAACAGACGUGGAACAGUGUAUGACUGAAGAAGAGGUGCGCAAACGCCUUGACUUGGAUUCAAUCAAAACGCACAAGUGGACCAUCCUGCCGUGCAGUGCUAUGACGGGGCAAAAUCUGAAUGAAGGGCUCGAGUGGGUGGUACAGGAUGCGAAAGAUCGACUGUUCCUCUACUAA